AUGAAGGACAACGACAAUAUCUCAAGUCAAGACUAUGACUCCACUGGAAAGCCAAAAGCUAGAGAAGAUCCAAAUUCUCCCGGUGAAGAGCCAGACCCUUUGGAACUACGGAAAUUGUCACUAACCUACGACUAUCUAUUGUUCAAAAUCAGGGACCACAUCAAGACCCUCACAGACCAAACUUAUGCGGCAGUACUACAACGACAGGAGCUCAUCAGCAAGGACUAUCUAGAAGAUCAAUUACAACUAUCGAAACAGUAUAAAGAUAUUGAAGAGUUGAUACGCACUUGCGACGAUCUUGAGGCCGAAUUUAUGAAAAUCGAUCAGCUAGAAAUGUUCAUUGAGGGGUUCAAGGAACGGCUAGGUAUUUUGGAGAGAAGACUUGAUACCAUCAGAACAGAAAAUAUUUAG